CUAGUUCCUCCAUUAUUGACUUAACUUACACACAGGCAAUCUGCACACAACUGCCCGGAUCCGAACGUGCGCUGGCAGCUAUGCGAGACGGCGGGCGCGCUGGCCGACCGCCUGCUGUCCGACGCGGCCCCGCUGCGCGCGCCGCACACGCGCCACGUGCACGACAAGCUCAGCCAGGACAUCAUCCGCCCCUUCAUGGAGGAGGGGCUGACGGAGCGCGCGGCGGUGCUGGCGGAGAAGUUCCGCGAGUGGGAGCUGCUGGUGGAGCUGUGCGUGCGCGCCGCCGACCUGCCGCGCCUCUACGCGUACGUCGACAAGUAUCCCAGCGAGGGCGUGGCCGAGCUGGCAUUCGCUCAGAUCGUGGACGGCGGCGGGCCUCUGGUCUCCGCCCUGGUGCGCUGCGAGCGGCCCAACGUAGCUUCCAAGCUGACGGCGUGGCUGCAGGCCUCGCCCACCAGAGCUCAUCUAUUAGCGCUGCAGCGGCUGACGGCGCGGGACUACAGCGCUGCAGCGCCCGCGCUCGCGCAGCUGGCUGGCGAGGAGCAGGACUCGGUUAAUAGGAUGACUACCAUGGCAUCCCUAGCCAAGCUGUGUAUCCUGGCAUCCGACGAGCCGGAGAAUCAGCCCGCCGAGACGCGGCGCAAGGUGGAGACGUGCCUGGCGCUCAGCGACCAGCACGCCGCGCUGCCGCGGGACAUCCGCCUGCAUUAUGGCCUGGACGCGGAAGACACCAAAGUUAUACCGCCUGAGGAGAUGAUCCAGAUGUACAUCGACGCAGAGGGCCAGAACCUGACAGAGUACGACUACAAGAAGGCAUUGGAUCUUACCGACUACGUACCCGAUAUCGAGAGGCGCGACGAUCUGCGCAUGAAGGUGUGGUGCGCGAGCAUCGUGCGCGACGACUGGGCGGCGUGCCGCGUGGAGGCGCCGGCCGACGAGCUGCAGCGCCGCUUGUUCUUCCGCCUCAUCGACCUCGUGCACCUCAUGG